AGGUUAUGACAGGUGCUGAAAAUGGCAGAAUGCGAAGUUCCAGACAAACUGAGCAUGAUAUCCUAUCUCUCUCAAAUCUAUGAUGUCUUCCGUGGAGAAAUUCCCCACUUCAAAUAUCCAAAGAUGGAUGAUGGCGAGAUGGAGGUGGAGCAGCAAUUUUCUCCCACGCAACGCUCUACUCCCCAUGUCAACAUUCUCAAGAACCUCACUAAUAAAACUGCUAGCACUUCUCAGGGUACACCAUCUUCCAGAAAGAGAAUGUCGUUAGAUCGAGGAAUAGGAAAAAGGGAUGAUGGCGUAUCACUUGUCGAUUAA